CGCUCUCACUCACCCAGGGGAUCACGAAACGGGUUGCACUGGCCGAGACGAAACCGAGCGACAUCAAAUCAGCUGGCGGCUCAAGAUACGUACCAGAGGUGGGAGGAGACGAGUUGAGUUGAGUGCACACAAGAGUCAGGGGCCGCAAGCCCGCAGAGACCAUAGAGAGGGAGCGCAGCCGUGGCGCUGUAUCUGCAUUUCUUUUUCUUCGGAUUCCCUGGCUCGCAUGGUAUCUGGUCAGAAAGGCACAGACUUUAGUGAGCCCCCUCCUCCUCUACCCCUGCUGUUGUAACGCCCUUGUCUGCGCUGCUCUGUCCUCCCAGCGGAGGGAGCGAGAGACGCGGGCGGGGAGCGAGGGGGGAGAGGAGUAAUGAGGUCAAUGCCGCUGCUCUGCUGCUCCUCAGCCUUCGUCGUCGUCUUGCUGCUCCUGCUGUGUCGCCCGCUGGGGGCCAAUGGGAGGGCCGCGCCGCCCGGGGCUUCUCCCCCGUCUCCCGGGGCGCCUGCGGGCCAGCCCGUGCAGCAGGCUGCCCCCGCCGUCAACGGCAGCGCCGCCGCCGCCGCCGGGCUCCCUGCGGCCGCGGCGCCUCCUCCCUUGGUGGUCAUUGUGGUGGAGGGGCACCACCACCUCCGCAGGGAGCUCAUCGCGGCCAUUGUCCUCUCCUCCGUCGCCGGGGUCAUGAUCGUCCUUGCCGCACUUUAUGCGUUCGUGCUGUGGUGGCGAUCACGGAGAGGCCUGGUGGACUCCAAGGACACCCAGAGCAUAGAUACCGCGAGGAUCGCAUUUGUGCCAAUGUUGAACAGCUUCAACUCAUACAAGACUAGCAAGAAGAGUACUGCUGCGAUGAUGGAUUACACAUCUUUGGAGGCGGCAACAGGAAAAUUCAGUGAGAGCAGUGUGCUUGGAGUUGGUGGGUUUGGGUGUGUGUACAGAGCCAAUUUUGAUGGAGGGUUUGCUGCUGCGGUGAAGAGAUUGGGUGGUGGAGCACAGAAUUGCGAGAAGGAAUUCGAGCAGAAUGAACUAGAUUUGCUUGGGAGGAUUCGGCAUCCGAACAUAGUGUCCCUUGUGGGCUUCUGUAUUCAUGAGGAGAACCGUUUCAUUGUUUAUGAGCUGAUGGAGAAUGGGUCAUUGGACUCACAACUUCAUGGUCCGUCACAUGGUUCAGCUCUAAGCUGGCACAUUCGGAUGAAGAUUGCUCUUGACACGGCAAGGGGAUUAGAGUACCUGCAUGAACACUGCAACCCACCAAUUAUCCAUAGGGAUCUGAAAUCAUCUAACAUACUUUUAGAUCCAGACUUCAAUGCUAAGAUUUCGGAUUUCGGCCUUGCAGUGACUAGUGGGAAUCACAGCAAAGGGAAUAUAAAGCUUUCUGGAACUAUGGGAUAUGUAGCCCCUGAGUACUUAUUAGAUGGGAAGUUGACUGAGAAGAGCGAUGUAUAUGCGUUUGGAGUAGUACUUCUAGAACUUCUGCUAGGAAGGAAGCCUGUUGAGAAGACGGCACAAUCUCAGUGCCAAUCAAUUGUUACAUGGGCCAUGCCUCAGCUAACUGAUAGAUCCAAACUCCCUAACAUAAUUGACCCCAUGAUCAAGAACACAAUGGAUCUGAAGCACUUGUACCAAGUUGCUGCAGUGGCUGUGCUCUGUGUGCAACCAGAGCCAAGUUACAGGCCCCUGAUCACUGAUGUACUCCACUCUCUGGUACCCCUGGUGCCCAUGGAGCUUGGAGGAACUCUGAGGAUCAACCCAGAGUCGCCCUAUGCUACUCAAAGGCAUUCUCCUUUGUUAAGAUAAAAGAAACAUGGACAUGACUGGAAUUGGUGAUGCAGUAGGGCUCAUCCAAGUGGUUCAGGACUCCAGAUAACUUAUGAUGUUGAGCAGGGGUUAUGGUUCCUUGCUUGCAUCGCCUUCCAUGAUGUUUGUCUGAGUGCCAAUCUGAGGUGCUAAAUUGGCAGAUUUUUUUGGGUUUGUGGAGCAGGUUCACGUAUUGCCCUGGCUGUAUAAAGAAGUAAAAAGAAGUCGUCAUUUUUUUUUGAAUUUGGUAACUGCUGUAUAGAUUAAAGAUUUUCCAUACUGUAACUCAGUACUACCUGAAGAAAAAAAAUGUCUGCCCCAGAAUCGAGAUCAUGUCAUUGUCAUGUAUAGCAUCUAUUACCGCCUCAUAAGCUUCCGUAAUACUUUGAGCUUAAGAGCAAGGCUGAUCAAGCAUUUCAUCAAUACUGAAAUCCAUCAGUUGCUUGACUCUGAAA